GUCAGUGAAUACUUGUACUCAGCUGUGUAACCACUCACAGUAUACAUCAAUACUUGCAGCCGGGCGUACAUUUUUAUUGUUUGUAUUUAAUUUGAUAAACUUUUAUCAAAAUGUACUGUAUCAUAGCGACGAUAGUAGCAUUAUUAUAUAUUUUCUGGGACGUUAAUUACUUUAUUCGAGUCGCUUUCACAAUAGCCAUUGGAAGAUUAUUCCAAAAGAAAACUGGAAUAAAUGAAACAUCAACUAUUUACGGGUUUUGUACGACCCAAGAUGUGGAUAUAUUUUUAAGGCAUAUGAACAAUGCUCGUUACGUUCGUGAACUUGAUUUCGCCAGAUUUCAUUUCUAUGACAGAACGGGCAUAUACGCGAACAUUAAAGCUGUUGAUGGUCAUGCACUACAAGGGGCAUCAAGCAUUCGUUACAGAAGAACGAUACCCAUAUUUAGCGCAUACAAAGUGGAAACAAAGCUAGUUUAUUGGGAAGAUAAAACUCUGUUCAUAGAGCAGAAGUUCAUAACAUUGAGCGAUGGCUUCGUAAGGGCUAUUGUGUUGUCGAGACAGAAUCUUAUUAAUAUUGAUUCAGAAACACUUUUGAAAAAUAUACCAGGCGCAGAAGUCAAACCCGAAUGUCCAGAAGAAAUUAAGCAUUGGCUUCAAGCCAUAGAGAUCUCAAGUGCCAGACUGAGAAAGAAGGAUUAAAAUUUAAGCUACAAUAAAAUGUUUAUAACUACUUAUAAGUUAUAAUUUAUAAAUAAAUAAAUUAUCAGAAGCUUGUUU